UUUGAUUCCUUUCCCUCUUCCGGUGUCCCAUCUCUCGUUUCUUCUUUUCCUCUUCCAUCCUUCUCUCUCCCAAACCGUUUCUUGUCUUGUUAUGUGAUACAGCCUCUUCUCGGUUUCUCCUCAUCAAUUUGAUGAACAAAGCGAAGUCCGAUACUUCUUCCAUUGAUUCCUCUUGUAUCUUUGUGUUCGCCGUAUGAUCACGAGGUGUUUGACCUCGGCUCCCGACCAAGCCAUGGAUUUUUCUUGCAGUGACUACGUCCGCGCGCUUGAGGAGGAGCGCAAGAAGAUACAAGUGUUCCGUAGAGAGUUGCCUCUUUGUAUGCAACUCGUCACUCAAGCCAUCGAAAGCUUCAGGCAAAGGAUGGAUGAUAGGCCUGUGCUGGAGGAGUUCAUUCCGUUGAAGCCGAGCUCGUCAUCGUCCUCGAAAGAGAGAUUUACAGAUGCUCAGAAGAGCACGCCACCGCCGGCGACCGGAUCGUCUGAGAAGCUGGAUUGGCUUAAGUCGGUCCAGCUGUGGAAUCAGAGUGCAGAAACAGAGGUGGAGCCUCCUCCUCCUCCUCCUAUGAAGCCGAUAGCAGUCGGUGCUAACGGGGGAGCAUUUCAUCCUUUUGUAAGAGAAAAUAAAGUUGCUGCAGCGGCAAGCUCAAAUGCUAGCAAAGGAGACGUUUGUGGUGGAGGAGGUGAUGGUGGCAGCGAUGACAAGAAGGAAGGUCAGCCUCAGUCUCAGUCUCAUAAGAAGACAAGACGGUGUUGGUCGCCGGAGCUCCACCGCCGGUUUCUCCAUGCCCUCGAGCAGCUCGGUGGCGCUCAAGUUGCAACACCAAAGCAAAUCAAGGAGCUAAUGAAGGUGGAUGGCCUGACCAACGACGAAGUUAAGAGCCAUUUACAGAAAUAUCGACUAUACCACCAGAGGCAGAGCCCUGAAGCUAAAGGCACCGAUAGCAUCCAUCAUGUUCCACAGUUUGUGUUAAUGAGAGGCGUAUGGGUUCCACCUCAGGACUCCCCAGCAGCAGUAGAAAUUGCUGGUUCUGGUUCACCUGCUCCUCGUGUUUACACCCCUGUGGCUACACUGGCAUCAGACUUAAGAUUCAAGCAGCAGAAGCCUAGCAUGGCACAAACAAGAGGAAAAAAUAAUGACGACGAUGACGAUGAUGGUGCAUCCAACUCUUCCUCUUCACAGACGACAACUGCCUCACCUCAGCGGAGAUAUCCCUUCACAUGGUAUGAAAUGGAAUGGACUGCUUGGAGAAGGAUGGAAGCCAAUGACAGUAUCUUAUCUUAUCAUAUCAUGACAAAGAUAUCCAAUAAUUGGCUGCUUUUUAGGAUAAUUUUCGGAUUAUGUUGUCUCUUAUCCUUUGUGUACGCCUCUUGCUGGAAUAAUGUUGUAGCAAAUGCUUACCGACAAACAUUACUUAAUCUAGGCAUCUAAUUCUUUAAAUUUAAU